GCUCUUCUUCGCGGGCUGAGUCGCGUGUGUUUGUGUUUCUGUUUCUGUUUCGUGUCUGAUGGGAUUUUUGAUUUAAAAUCAUCAUUAAGUGUGAUAUUUCGUGAUGGCGCCGAGUGUGAUCUCGGUGAGGUUCGUCUGCGGCUUUGUGCUCGGCGCCACUUCCGGUGUCGCAGCUCUCAAACUCUAUUUGUAUGAAGAGCAGGAAACAGAUUCAGACAGCUCCGCUCGUCUCAUCGAGCGCUUCGGGCUUCCGCAGAGCGGCGCUGAGACCCGGUUCUACGUGAACCACGCUCUGUCGUACGAUCAGACGCGCCGGACGCCGCGCUGGGUGGCAGAACACCUGAGCGCUCAGGGAUUGCUGGGUCACGCAGACAGAAAACACUGCAGAUUCAGACCCGACCCCGGCGUUCCCGAGCUCUUCACGGCACGGAACGAGGAUUACCUGCGCAGCGGCUGGUCGCGCGGACACAUGGCCCCCGCCGGAGACAACAAGAGCUCUGAGCGAGCGAUGGCGGAGACCUUCUAUCUGUCCAACAUCGUCAACACGGGAGAACAACCUGCAGGAGGCUUUCUGCUACGCUGCUCAUGCGCCGAUGUCUCUGUAAGGCUGGAGAUGUACUGCAGAGAUCUGACGCAGAGCUUCAGUCACGUCUGGAUCGUCUCUGGACCGCUGCUGCUUGCUGGUGACGCUGGAGGAUGGAGGAAGGAAGGUGUGCUGUCAUGUUAUAAGCUGAUCGGGAGGACGACGGGCAGUUCCCUCAUCCUACAAAGUCAAUCCUGCCAGAACGACUCGUCUCCGGACUCUCUGGCUCUCGGAGCGUUUGUUGUCCCGAACGCUCCGAUCGGCUUCGAGCGUCCGCUGACAGAGUUUCAGGUGAGUCUGUCUGAUCUGGAGCGCAUGUCCGGCCUGACGUUCUUCCCCGCGGUGGAGCGACGCGAGCGGCUGAAGAACCUGUGUGACGUGGACUCCUGCCAGCUCAUGGACCUCGAGCGCUUCACGCUGUACAUCAGCGGCCGGAAGGUGGCCAGCGCCAGGACCCUCGCGCGGCUGGAGAAGAUCAUGACGGAGCUGAAGGAUGCAGGCGUCACACCUGACCACUACCUGAGCAACCUCUACCUGGAGAAGAAACGAGAGCUCGAAGAGAAAGAGGAGCGCGAGAAGAAACCAGAGCCAUGAGAGUGCUGAAUUUGAUAGUUUUCCUUCAUUGCAUCGCAGUAUUUUGUUUAUUUUUUAAUUGUUGUUUUAGCAUUCGU